CCCACAUCGGUUUUAAUUUAUAUUUUAUUGUGUAUGUGUAUGUCUGUGUCUCUAUUAUGAAUCCAACCACGAACCAGAACGAAUUCGUCAGAUCGUGAAUAAAGACUUUUAUCCCACUCAGACUCAGCUGCUAAUGAUCUUAGCUCCUUCUUCUCUUUGAUGUUGUCCCAUCUUCUCCGGUGAAGCAUACAAUUCUUCAGAUCUCGUUGGCUUAAUCCAUCUGUUUGAUCGGAUCUGAUUCACAAUCGUUGAGAAACAGGGAGGACCAGGAAUACCAUGGCAGGGGCGGCCUCAGCGCUGUUUCUGCUCGAUAUCAAGGGCCGUGUUCUGGUGUGGCGCGAUUACCGUGGCGAUGUUACAGCUGCUCAAGCCGAGCGUUUCUUCACCAAGCUCAUCGAGAAAGAGGGUGAUUCACAGUCAAAUGAUCCGGUUGCUUACGAUAAUGGGGUUACCUACAUGUUUGUACAGCACAGUAACAUUUACUUGAUGAUAGCGUCCAGACAAAACUGUAAUGCUGCCAGUCUUCUCUUCUUCUUGCAUCGCGUAGUCGAUGUCUUCAAGCAUUACUUCGAGGAGUUAGAGGAAGAAUCUUUGAGAGAUAACUUUGUGGUAGUGUAUGAGUUACUUGACGAGAUGAUGGACUUUGGUUACCCUCAGUAUACUGAGGCAAGAAUUCUUAGUGAAUUCAUCAAGACUGAUGCAUAUAGAAUGGAAGUUACACAGAGGCCUCCAAUGGCGGUCACAAAUGCUGUCUCAUGGAGGAGUGAGGGGUUACAGUUUAAGAAAAACGAAGUUUUCUUGGAUGUAGUAGAGAGUGUAAAUAUCCUCGUGAACAGUAAUGGGCAAAUUGUCAGGUCUGAUGUCGUUGGAGCAUUGAAGAUGCGAACAUACUUGAGUGGAAUGCCAGAGUGUAAGUUAGGCCUGAAUGAUAGAGUAUUGUUGGAGGCACAGGGACGAGCAACAAAAGGAAAAGCCAUUGAUUUGGAGGACAUCAAAUUUCAUCAAUGUGUUCGACUGGCCCGUUUUGAGAACGACAGGACGAUAUCUUUCAUACCACCUGAUGGAUCUUUUGAUCUAAUGACGUAUAGACUCAGUACUCAGGUAAAGCCUCUUAUAUGGGUGGAAGCGCAGAUAGAGAGGCAUUCCAGAAGUCGUGUUGAGAUGCUAGUAAAAGCUAGAAGCCAAUUCAAGGAGAGAAGCACUGCAACAAAUGUUGAGAUUGAGUUGCCUGUACCAACAGAUGCAUCUAACCCCAAUGUAAGAACAUCUCUUGGGUCUGCUGCAUAUGCUCCCGAGAAAGAUGCACUGGUCUGGAAAAUCAAAUCUUUCCCAGGAAACAAGGAAUAUAUGUUAAGAGCAGAGUUCCAUCUUCCAAGUAUAACCGCAGAGGAAGCAACACCUGAGCGAAAAGCUCCAAUCCGUGUCAAAUUCGAGAUCCCAUACUUCACAGUUUCAGGAAUACAGGUUCGAUACCUGAAGAUCAUUGAGAAGAGUGGGUACCAAGCUCUUCCAUGGGUGAGAUAUAUAACCAUGGCUGGUGAGUACGAACUGAGGCUCAUGUGAGAUCUGUUUUUUUGUUUAACUUUUUAUUUAAGCCAUUGUCAACGUAAACAAAGCAGAGGAAGAUCUAAAAAAAAAAAAAAAAAAAAAAAAAGGGUUGAAAUAUGUUGGCUAAUGAAAUUUGCGGUGAAGGUUGUUUUAGAAGCCAUAUUCUUGUGAAUUGUUUUCUCGUCUUUUUUUCUGUUCUGUAAGAUUUUUAGUUUUUACGACAGUUUUUCUAUUAGUAAGUACUUUUUGGUAUCUUUCUAAAUCUUGGUUUUACGCGUUUCGUCUC